AUGGAUCACCGCGGCUCUUUCUUCUUCUUCCUGGUGGUCUUCUACCUCCUCCUGAGCUCGCAGUCUCAUUCGCCCUUGGUGUCUCAGGAUCGGGAACACCAGAGAGAACUGGAGAGGGAGCAAAAUGCCCUGCACAUGCUGAAUGAGUCCAAGUAUGGCGACUUCGACCCGAGGGCCGACAGGUGGCUUCCCUUCCCGGGCGUCAGGAAGAACGACAGUUAUGCCUGGGAUCUCCUCCCCGAGGUCCAGGAUCGGGCCCGGUCUCAGCUGCGAGCUACCAUGGCAGAAGCGGGCUUGAAGCCCCCCAAGGCCCUGGCGGUCCCCGAGGCGUUUCCCGAUCUCAACCUGACACAACUGCUUCUCCCGGUCUACCGCAACGCAACGGGUAAGUUGCGCGGCGAGUGGGUGCGCCGCAGACAGGACAAGGGACACACCCCGCUGAACACCUCCGCAAUCGUUCUGGAAAACGAAUACUUCACGCACGAGUUCAGCCAGAAUAUCACGGGCGACAGUGGCACGUUCUAUCUCGACCUCCGUGAGGGCGGCGGGGAAGAACUCCGGUUGCCAGAUGGGCAUGCUCGGGAGAUCCGGGCAACUCUGGCUGCCGAGAGCGGCGAUUUCUGGGGAAACACCUGGUACCUGUCGCUAUUUGGGGUUCAUUUCCCGGAGACAGGGAGCAUCAUCCUGAGUACCACCAGCGAGAAGUUCGGGGGCGUGUUCUCUCUGCCGCAUCUGGCCCUCUCGUCGGACGCAUACAACCUCACCCAUCAGCUUCUUAUCAAAUCCCUCUCGGAUACCAUAUCAGAGAAACAAAACCGACCCCCUACCCUCUUCCCAUGGUCCUCGUUGGUUGGAACGGAGCAGAUAGAAUACCCAGCGCCGAAAUGUGAGCACAUUGUCUACCUGCAGCAACAUCCGGUCGCGAUCCAUGGCUACCUCACCGACAAAACGAUCAUCGAGCAAAUGGAGCAAGAGCUCAGGUACCCGAUGGGGGCGCCCAUCCCGUCCCCUCCGCUGUUGGUCAUGUCUGCGGUGGUGUUCUCGCCCGACUGUGGGUAUAUCCUGGAGACCAAAGGCACGCCCGACUUCCCUCCGACGGAGACGCUGUACCUGUCGGGACCAAAGCUGGAGGAGUUUGGCAAGUACUCCGCUCGCAUCAUCUUCGUGAUAUCUGCCUUCUCCGUCGCUCAGAUCGCGCUGCUGUUACGCCAGAUCAAAGAGGCAUCCACGCCUUCGACUCGAAGCCGGGUCAGUUUCUACACAAUCGCCAUGAUGGCGUUCGGAGAUUCGUUCGUGCUUGUCUUCAUGCUGUUGGAGCUUUACCCGGCCGUAUCGUUCCUGGUGAUGACAACGGCAUCCUUCCUUACUUUUCUCUCCGUCAGCUAUAUUGGGAUGAAAUUCAUGAUGGAAAUCUGGGCCGGCCCCCCGAACACACGCCCAGGCAGCCUGCCGCUACCCGCCACAAUGGCCCGAGUCCGAGACAGCGGCGCGACCCCAAUCAUUUUGACGCCGGACCAGGAUCCUCCCCCGGAGGAAGACGAGCCACCCACCGCUCGGAACACCACGCUGACUGCGCGAGAUACCCGCGGGGAUGUGGGAGCCAUGUACGCGCGGUUCUACUUUAUCCUGUUCGUCCUACUCAUCAUCUCCAUCUGGUCCUUCCUGUGGCCAAACCGGAUGGGCGCGAUAUACGCCCGGGUUCUCGGGUUCGUGUACCUGUCGUUCUGGGUCCCGCAGAUCCACCGCAACAUCAUGCGCAACUGCCGCAAAGCACUGCGCUGGGAUUUCGUGGUCGGGCAAAGCUUCCUGCGAAUGUUCCCGUUCAUCUACUUCCUCACUUCCCGCGGAAACGUGCUCUUCAUCCGGCCGGACACGACCACGGCCCUGGCCCUGGCCGGCUGGGUCUGGAUCCAGGUCUGGGUGCUGGCGAGCCAGGACAUCCUCGGGCCCCGGUUCUUCAUCCCCCGCGGCUGGGCACCCCCAGCCUACGACUACCACCCCGUGCUGCGCGACACCGCCGGGUCGGGCGACGACCUCGAGUCCGGCGGCGUCCUCCCGAUCGGGGCGCUACGGGCCGACGAACGCGAAUACGCCAGCGAAGCCAAGGACGAAGACAAGCACCGAGCCAAAGACAAGAAGAAGGCCAUCUUCGACUGCGCCAUCUGCAUGCAGGAGAUCGAGGUCCCCGUGCUGGCGGCCCUCGGCACCGCGGGCAGCAGCAGCGUCACCGACGGCGCGGCCACCAUCCUCAGCCGCCGCACCUACAUGGUCACCCCGUGUCGGCAUAUCUUCCACAGCGCGUGUCUGGAAAGCUGGAUGCGCCUCCGGCUGCAGUGUCCCAUCUGCCGCGAGUCCAUCCCCCCUGUAUAGUCGUGUACGAUACGAUACUAUCCUGACCGACGCGUCAGACGUACAGAAUACUUCCGCCAUCGAUCUACAGAUAGAAGCCAAUAUGAUAUGGAAAACUCAGGUAAUAUCAUAUAUUCCAUUUCCCGUCUGCUCUGCCCGGACAGACAGACAGGUUGCCUUUUGUUGAAGAAAAGACCCGCCGAUGACGGCACGACGUAGCGUACGUAACUCUAGACACUAGACAGUCACUUUGUGAUGAAGACAUAACCAUCCAUUCAUUCCCAUUCCCAUUCCACA